AUGAUUGCUCCUGUGGCCGUGGUCCUUUUCCUCCUUGUUCUUCACGCCAGAGCUACAGAGCCGGCGGAGCUCGAAAAGGAAAACAAAGGCCAGGCAGAUUUGAGCAAAAGAGGCUUGCUUCCAAGUCUUCUCGGCGGCAGCCCUGGACGAGGCCAAAGUGGUAUUGGUGGUCUUCUCGGUGGCAGUCCAAGUCACGGUUAUGGAGGCGGCCCGCAAAGUAUCGGCUCAGGGCUUGUCGACGGCGUAACAGGUCUUCUGCCACUGGGUCCCCAAUCGCCAGGAGGCUCGCUGAAUGACCUCUUGAAUGGAGUCCCGAAGUACGAUCAGGCUGCUACCACAGCAGGCCCACGACCACCUACCGCUCGUGGGGAUGCCCCCUGGAGUCAAUCCGAGAGGACCUACCGCCAACAGAUAACUUGUCUUGGACACACCCAAGGACAGCGAGGGAUUGUCUUGCUCGUACCUCCCACGGGUGGAAAUGGACAACAAGUGUGGCCCAGGUCACCUUACGCCCAACUCCCACGAUACGGCUUCAGUAUCUGCUGGGUGGACAAUUUAAGCAAAUCUACCGGAGACGCCCAGUUGACCGCUGAAUUCAUAGCCUAUGCUAUCAUACAUCUAGCUGCUCAGUCUCGUCAGCCACUCAAUGUUAUCUCCUACAGUCAAGGAGGCAUGGACGCGCAAUGGGCUUUCACUUUCUGGCCGUCAACUCGGCGGCUCGUAACGAACUUUAUUGCUUUGGCUUCCCCUUUCCAUGGGACGUACGCCGCCAAUGUUGUUUGUCCACUCCUCGAAGUUGCUGGCGGCUGCUUACCCGCAGUUUGGCAAAUGAUGGUUAAUUCCCGAUUUCAGCAAGCUCUCAAUGCCCGCGCUCCAAACAGUGGCGCGAGGGCUCUCGUACCGACGACUAGCAUAUACUCUUACGACGAUGAAAUCGUUCUGCCACAAGUCGGAGGACGUCCGAUCUCAGCAUUGGAUGGCGCGAGCAACAUAGCUGUUCAGGAUGUUUGUGGAGCUCAACAUUUUGCUGAUCAUUUUUUGAUUGUUGGUGAUCACGGCGCCUUCGGCAUCGCUCUAAAUGCUCUCAUGAGCGGAAGACCCGCGAAUCGGGCCAACAUUGACAAAUCGUAUUGCAACCAACUAGCCGGUCUGGGCGGCCAACUUGGGAGCCUCGGCAAUGACUUGAAAUACGCCUUCGCUACAGUCGUUGGGAACACCGGUGACCGGAUCAACAGCUUACUCAAGACCCUCACAACACUCACGGUGGCGGCCGAGCCCCCUCUCCAGAUGUAUGUGUGCCAGAGAGGCUUUGCAACCGGAUGCACUGGCAGAGGCUUCUCGGGCCCCGAAGCACGUGCUCCCAUCUUGAGUAGUCUACCACAAACCGUCGGUGCUGUCGGCUCGUUGCUCGGUGGGCUCGGUAACUGA